AUGUCAACGAAAGCUAGUGGUGUCAUGGAUACUAUUAUAAGUGAUCAUUUACCGGUGUACGCAGUUCUUAAUAUGAAGCUACCCAAGCCACCACCUCAAUACAUCCUAACGCGAAGCUACAAAGACUAUGACGGAGAAAGGUUCACCGCCCACCUUGCAUCAAGAUCGCAAGAGCUUAUUUCCGUCUUUUCGGAUUCCAAUGUCAAUUCCAAACUUGACAAUUUUAACAACGUCCUUCUUACAACCCUGGCUGUCCAUGCUCCCGUUAAAAUAACUAAGAUUCAAAAUCGCUCUUGUCCCUUCAUCACAACAGAUAUCAAAAAUCAAAUGUCCCACAGAGACCAACUCCACCGUCGCUAUAAACGAACACGCGAUAUCGAUGAUUGGAGAGCAUUUAAAAACGCCCAAAGAUCAGUCAAAUCCACUCUAAAAGCUGCUGAAAAACAACAUGUUCGAACUAAAGUCAACCUCCAUAAAGAUAAUUCUAAAUCGUUGUGGAAAGUGAUUAAUAGGUGCAUUCCAUCUAAAGAUAAAAGAAUUUUGACUUACCACAAAAAUACAUCAGAGGUGGCCAACGAUUUCAACCAGUUCUUUCAAUCUGUGGGAAAAAGAGCUGCCGAAACAGCUGAAAUGUUAGCUAGCCCUACAAAAUAA